UUAUGUUGUCGAGCUUCUUAGUUAUAACAAUGAGCAGGACAAGGUGAUAGCCAUCAAUCAAUUAUCAAUUUGGUUAAACACUAUGACUCAUGUAGGACAAUAUUAUUUUAUACCAUGGAACAUAGGCAAGCAUUGGAUGUUGAUUAUAGCAAUGACAUCGGGAAGAGUUGUAUUCUUAAACACGCUUAAAUCUAAAAUCCCGUCAGACAUUGCUCAGAUGAUAAAGGCUGCAUAUGCAAAUAUUAGUUCAAAUGCUAUUGUAUUUGGCAAAAAUGGACCGGAGAUAUGGACCUUUGCUUGUCCAAAGCAACCAUACAAUUACGAAUGUGGUUACUAUGUACUAACUUACAUUCGUGAUAUGCUUCAACAUUCAAAUCCUAUUACAGCCAUAAAAGCAAAAGUAAGUAUAUACUCAUUUUUACUAUAAAUACAAACAUAUAAAAGUAUUAUCUUCUUAAUUAGUUUUAUUUUUUUUAAUUUGACAGUUUGGCGGCCUAUCCCAAUGU